GUGUUUCUGAGUGGCGGGGAGUUGCUAGUCCAUUUGUCUUGCAAUAAUAUUCUCGCCCAAGGGAACUCGCCCUUUGUUUGACCAACAAGACACCACAAUCGGUCGACGGGAUAUUUACUCUGCGAUGUCUCUCUUCAAGGGAGCUUCCAGGUUUGCUCAUGGAGCUUCAAGAACAAGAUUGGCUCCAUUAUGUUGCGCAAGACGGAGCGUGUCUUCCAUGACCGCAGAGUCGCAACAGAAAGUACGAAGACUCCAAUUGUUUGUAUAGGCAUUGCUAAUGAUCAAUUGCAGCUUCUCACCUCCAACCUCGAGCAAGCCGAUCCUGCCAUCUACAGUAUUCUACAGAAUGUACGUUCCUCCAUACCCCGCCAUUGGAUAUGAACUGAUAAGACAUCCAGGAAAAACGAAGGCAGAAGCACUUCAUCAACCUCAUUCCCUCCGAAAAUUUCACAUCCCAAGCUGUCCUCGAUUCCCUUGGAAGUGUUAUGCAAAGUAGGCUUUUCGAGCAGAAGAAAAAAAUCAAAACUGUCAAAGCAAACUGACCGCUAGUUAGACAAAUACUCGGAGGGAUAUCCCGGAGCAAGAUACUAUGGCGGAAACGAAUUCAUCGACGAGGCUGAAAGAUUAUGCCAAUCGAGAGCUCUGCAAACCUUUGGAUUGAAGGAAUCAGAAUGGGGUGUCAAUGUUCAACGUAUGUGUCUCUUUCAAUUCCUACUUGGCGACUUUGAUUGACCGCUCCAUAGCUUUGUCCGGAUCGCCUGCGAACCUUAUGGCGUACUCGGCCCUCCUUAACACCCACGAUCGAAUCAUGGGCUUGGAUUUGCCUCAUGGUGGACAUCUUUCACAUGGAUAUCAAACCCCCACCAAGAAGAUUUCUGCCAUCUCGAAAUACUUCGAGACCUUCCCAUAUCGUUUGAAUGAAUCGACUGGGUUGAUCGAUUAUGUUAAGUUGGGGGAGAAUGCUAUGCUCUACAGACCGAAGCUGAUUAUCGCUGGUACAUCUGCCUAUAGCAGAUUGCUUGACUACAAGAAGUUCCGGGACAUUGCUGAUAAAGUUGGCGCCUAUUUACUGGCAGAUAUGGCACAUAUCUCUGGAUUGGUUGCUGCUAAGGUUAUUCCUACACCAUUCGAAUUCGCAGAUGUUGUCACUACCACAACCCACAAAAGUUUGCGGGGUCCAAGAGGUGCUAUGAUUUUCUUCCGAAAGGGCGUGCGGAGAGUCAACGCAAAGACCGGGGAGAAGGAAAUGUGGAAUCUUGAGGAACCUAUCAAUGCCUCAGUCUUCCCAGGACAUCAAGGUGGACCUCAUAACCAUACCAUUACCGCUCUGGCAGUCGCUUUGAAGCAGGCACAAAGCACAGAAUUUGGUGCCUACCAAGCAUCUGUCCUUGCAAAUGCCAAAGCCUUUGCCAAGCGUUUGGGCGAAUCUAAGGAUGCUGGUGGACUUGGAUACUCCAUUGUAUCUGGGGGAACUGACAACCACCUUGUCCUGAUUGACCUCAAGCCACAAGGUGUCGAUGGUGCACGAGUUGAACGAGUCCUGGAAUUGGUAGGUGUUGCAAGUAACAAGAAUACCGUCCCAGGUGACAAAUCUGCCUUGAAACCUGGUGGAUUGAGAAUGGGCACUCCGGCCAUGACCACGAGAGGGUUCCAACCUGAUGAUUUCGUCAGAGUUGCGGAUGUGGUUAAUAGAGCAGUCACCAUUACUCAGCGUUUGUCGAAGACGGCUAAAGAGGCCGCGGAGGCAAAGGGACGCAAGGCACCGGGGAGCGUGAAGGCUUUCUUGGAGUAUCUGGGCGAUGGACAAAACGAGACGGAGAUUGUGCAGUUGAGGAGUGAGGUUGAGGAAUGGGUGGGGACAUUUGCGCUACCUUGGGAUAGUAGUGCAUAGGUCUUUUUCCCUCGGAUCAGAGAAAGCAUUUACUUUUUGGGGACCGGCAUCAUCUGGAGUUUCCGUGCCGGAUUUGCGCGUCGGAUUUUGUGUGAUGUGAGG